CCAUAAGCUUCCCCCAAGUCCUUCCCAUCCCCCUCAGAUCUCUCUCAAACCUCAUCUCUUUCUCUCUCUCUCUCCCUUCUCCUUUUCUCCCUCUGAUCUCUCCUCUCACCCUUUUUAAGCCUCCGAUUACGAAUUUCUGAACCUUCUUCUCUAUAAAAGACCAAACUUUUCGAAUCCUUGGCGCCCUUUUCUCACUGAUUCCGUGAUUUGUCCUGCGAUCUGACACUCCAAAACCCCCUAUUCGUCGAUCGGAACCCGAGAUCUCCCAUACAAGAGAUAAAGGUCUGUCCGUUGGGAGGAAGGGGAAUAAAUGGCGGAGCAGGGCGGGGAAGGGAGCCAGCCGGUUGAUCUCUCGAAGCAUCCUUCAGGGAUUGUUCCCACUCUACAGAACAUAGUCUCGACUGUCAACCUGGACUGCAAAUUGGAUCUCAAGGCCAUUGCUUUGCAAGCCCGUAAUGCUGAGUACAACCCCAAGCGUUUUGCUGCUGUGAUUAUGAGGAUAAGGGAACCAAAGACUACAGCGUUGAUAUUUGCAUCUGGGAAGAUGGUUUGUACUGGAGCAAAGAGUGAACAGCAGUCAAAAUUAGCAGCACGAAAGUAUGCUCGAAUCAUCCAGAAGCUCGGGUUCCCAGCUAAAUUUAAGGACUUUAAAAUUCAGAACAUUGUGGGCUCCUGUGAUGUAAAAUUUCCAAUAAGGCUCGAAGGUCUUGCAUAUUCCCACGGUGCUUUCUCAAGCUAUGAACCAGAAUUGUUCCCUGGGCUGAUUUACCGAAUGAAACAACCGAAGAUUGUCCUCCUGAUCUUUGUGUCCGGCAAGAUCGUUCUCACUGGAGCUAAGGUGCGAGACGAGACUUAUACGGCUUUUGAGAACAUAUACCCAGUGCUUACAGAGUUCAGGAAGGUUCAGCAAUGAUAUCUACGGGAGGAUUUUGUCGCCAUGCUUCAGGGAGCUUUUGGGUGGGAGUGGUGGUCACUGACUUUGGAUUGAUUGAAUUGUAAAUAGAGCGAGGAGAUUGUGAACAUGGCUUUCCUUUCCUGUAAUCUGAAGAGAUCAGCUCCGCAACUAUAUAAUAUUCCAUGUUAUAUACUUUUAAGAUCCCAUGUCCAAAACGGUUGAAUAUAAAGUUCCCAUUUUGGUCGUUAAAAGCCCCGGCAAGGGGCCGAUAAUUGGUACUGUGGAGUCGGGAGAUGUGGAGUCGGCAGAUCACCGAUGUUUAAUGUUAUUAUUUAUCAGACUGGUCAUGAAUUUGUACUGUGAAAACAGUGACAUGAAGAUAAGUUGCCUCUAGUCUUGCACUUUUUGGAGUGCCAGAGUUUGAGAAA